UCCUGGCUGGAGCAGAGAAUUCGUACAAUGAUACAAAAGUCAGAGACCUGUAUUAAUUUGCAUCGCCUUGAGCAAUCUUUCUUCGAGCACUAAUGAACAGACCGCUCCUUCAAGCUUUUUCUUUUGGCAUUUUACUCGAAGUCAGAGGGCAUAGUCACCCACGGAGAGAUGGCUGAGCGUCUGCACGAGGAGAUGUGGAGGCAGAGGAGGCAUAGACUGGAAGCACUUUUAAUCAGGGCGGACCUGAUCCAGCAACAGCACGAUCCUCCACAACCCGACAAUAUUUUGGAUUCCCAGCUAUUCUCGGCCGCAAAGGAAGGGGCCGUGGACAAGUUCAUCAAAGCGCUGGAGGAUCAUUGUGUCAAGGAAAGAGUGUCCUUGCCUGUCCUUCUCGGGCGACGCAGUCCCUUAGGAAAUACACUGCUUCACGGUGCGGCAGAGAGUGAUGAUAAUGUCAGAGCGCUCAUCGAAUUCGUCCCUGAGCACUCGAUCUACUGUGAGAACUCCAGAGGAGAGACGCCACUUCACAUUGCAGCUAGAGCCGGGAAAGCUGUUGCGGUGGAGCUUCUCCUUCGCCAAGGGGUGCCGAUAAAACUUGACUGCUGUGGCAACUCUGCUCUGCAUGAGGCCGUGAGAAAUCGCCAUCGCAAGGUGAUCGGUCAUCUGGUGAGUAAAGACCCCAGCCAGCUGUAUUGUCAAAAUAACGAAAGCAAGUCUCCAUUCCGGCUCGGUUCGGGUUAUAUCGACUCGGCGGCAGUAUCUCGUGACCCCGUACCCGGUUAG